AGUUUUGGAGAAACAAAGGGGAGGGUGACAAAUAAGAGCAAGCGGGCCGGUCUAGAGGUAUUGGAGGACUCUUGUGGCUCAGAGUAAGACUCUUGUGGCUCAGAGUAAGACCUUUAACUCUCGCCAAGAAGUACGAUCAAAGAAAACAAUAUGCGGGGUUUGUUCUCAACAGUCGUGGUGCUUCUGGUGGCCUUGAUGAUAGUCACCACUGAAGCAGGCAAAAAUAAGAAAGAGAAGGGGAAAGGGGCCAAGGGUGGUGCCUCUGACUGUGCUGAAUGGCGCUAUGGUAGCUGUGUGCCUAACAGCGGAGACUGUGGAGUCGGUGUCAGAGAGGGUACCUGCAACGACCAGAUGAGGAAACUGAAAUGCAAAGUGCCUUGCAACUGGAAGAAGGAGUUCGGCGCUGACUGCAAGUAUAAGUUUGGCAGCUGGGGGGAGUGUGACACAGCUACUGGAUCCAAGAACCGGUCUGGAACCCUGAAAAAGGCCCUGUACAACGCAGAGUGCCAACCCACCAUCAAGGUGUCUAAGCCAUGCCCCUCAAAGACCAAGACAAAGGCCAAAGGAAAGAAGGGAAGGGGGAAGGAGAACUAAAAGGUCCACAUUGAACAAGUGAUUGGUUUGAUUUUAUUACGCAAUAUCCUUUGCUUUUUCAACAAACAUAAUAUGCACAAGUGAAUUAUGAGAUGUCAAGUGGGCCUUUCCUUCAAAUACAGUAUAACAAAUGCUAAACGUCUCUGAAUAUUGACCAAAUAUCCCACAAACACUAUUUUUUCCACAUAUUUCCAGGUGUCGGUGGCCUGGCAUUUUGGCCUGCUUGUGUUCUGAUAAUUCCAUAGUGUUAGUAGGUUCCAGAUCUGGACAUGCUGUAUUAUGCAAGAUAUGCAAGAAACAGAUACUUUGACCUCCUUGUUUGAGAUUAUUUCUUAACCAGUAGAUCGUUUGAUAUACUUGAGUUUUUUUAAUUAAAAAUGUUCAUCUUACAUUGUUGUGAUUGUUAUAGUUUUCUCUUGACUACCAAUUAGUAUUACUAACAUAAUUGAUGAGUGGAUUUCAAUUGUGUGUGCCAAUUAGUAAAAGUAGAGAGAUGCAAAUCAACUAUUUUUCUAGUAAACUGAGGACUGUCAGCUCAACGUUUUUCAUGUACAAUACAAAGCUGAGCUUGAAUGCUCAAGAGAAUGCAGUCAUUGUCUUUGUAAAGAUAAUAGUGGUAUUGUUAAAACAAUUAGUUUUAUAAUAUAUACUUCAAAAGGUGUCUGGCAAUUUUCAGUGAACUGCUGUGUUCAUAUUUUUGCAAACACACAUACACACACCUUCACACAGUUCAUCUGUACUCUCAUUUUUAUAAUUACUGUCAUUAUUAUUCCACAAACCCUUGGAACAGAAAAGAACCAACCACUUUAAAUAAACUCUCCGAAUUUUGA